AUUAGUAGCUGAAAAUAUAACUAACGAAAUAAUAUUGAUGUCGCUAGAGAGUAGAGAUAUACCUAUAUUUUUGCUUAUGAAAAGUCGUCAAAUCGACUUUAUUGUACCAUUUUUAUGUUUUUAGAGACAGAUCUCUUACAUCUUCUCGCUCAAAGGGUUGAAGCUAUUUCUAUGAAACUAGAUAUAUUAUGGAGGUAUACCACUGCACGAUACUGACACUUUCGAUUUAGACAUAGGUACUCGACUUGUCGUCAAAAACGGUAUUGGUCGUCGUCUAAUCGUAAUCGACAUCCAGGUUGAUGAAGCCGCGAACAAGAACUAGUAUUGAAUAAUACGUCCUGUUGUCGUUUCAACAUUAAUCACGUUGAAUUUGAAUAACAAGAUAUUAGAUUCCUAUUUAUCCAGUAAAAUUUAAAAGAAAGAAUAUGUUCAACAUGAAGGUACAAAGCGAACAGCACCAUCACCACUCUCCGCCGGCAUAUAUCCAUAUUAAUUUAAACCAUAUUUCACUGUAUUUAAUUCAUAUGCUAAAUAGAUGCGGUGUUUUGUCAACCGUUCGCUAUUUCGCUACCAACUUUAUUGUUUUCGUGUUCCAUAGCGAUAAUUUAUAAAUUGAGGGUUAAAUGUUUACUAGGUACUGUUUUUUUUUUGGAGAACGUCAUAUCAUAAGAUUUGGUUAAUAAAUAGUAAUUCUUAAGUCGAUUGUAUCCCCUGCUGGUAGUAAGCCUUUUUCCCACUCAUUUUUGUUUUGAUCCUUUAUAUACAAAUACUGCAGAUUUUGAGGAAGAUUAUGACGGCCUUAAUAUGGGAUUAUAUUUGGAAAACGUGUUGAUGAAACUCCAAUACGAGGUUGACUACUUUUUGCCACGAUAAGCGGAGAAAAGUUAAUAAAAUGUUCAGUAAUAACAUUAUGUGUCACGAAUAUAUAUGAAUUUCAACAGUCGUGACCAGAUAAUAAAUGUAUGUUAUCAUUUACAAGUUAGUUUCGCAGGUAUUAUUGUUAUCAGGACGUUUAAUAUUCUAUACUUUGUUAUUAUCAUACCAGACGUUUAUAAAUAAUGCCAAUUAAUGAGUUUGUAUCAUUUGCAUAAACUCGUUUUUAAUCAAUCAGAAACAGGAUGAAUUGUUAUAAAAAAGAAUGUUCAGCGCGUUCCUUUCGUAUGUCUUGCCUCAGCAAGAUAGGAAGGCGGUUAUAAUGUUAAAGUUUAUUUAUUUGUUUAAUUUUUGUUGGUUGUUAUGUGGAGUGCAUGCUGUAGUUUAUGACAGUAUAACUGGAGAACCUGCUACCGAGGCUCAGUUGAAUUACUAUCGGGAACGAAACAAUCUGGAGAUAUGUACAGUUAAUAUAAAACCCUGUGAUAAAAAUGAGUGGAAGCGUUUGGAUGGAUCCUGCAACAACCUCAAAUAUCCUAGUGUUGGUACGCAGAGGACUCCAACAACCAGAAUUCUACCACCAAUAUUAGGUCCAAAUUACAAUCCCGUGGAUACAGUUGAUGGCAAGCCCUUUCCACUCGCCAGGAGAGUUCGUUGCGAGCUCCUGUCUGAAGGCAAAGCUUCUGAUUUGACGACCACCCAACUCGUUUCAUACUACACGCUAUUCGCAUCUGCUGAUAUUAAUUCACUUCAUGAUGUUUUUAACUAUAUGCAGUACAUACUGUACUGUUGUGAGGAAAAGGGGAAGUUUGACUACAUGUGUACACCAAACAAGAUCCCGAAAGACGACCCCGUGCACCGGUACUCAGGAAUAAGAUGUAUGAACCUCACCAGGCCGGAGAGCUUCCAGACACACGGCUGUCUUGAGAAUGGAACUACGUUUGUCAGAAUGACCACCGCAACCCCAGUAUUCGACCUCUCUCAAGUGUACAACGCAAUGACAACUUCCGAAGAUCUGAGGGUCUAUAAGAACGGUUUGGUCAAAAUGGAAAUAGAUCACGGGAAAUUAUUUCCUCCUUCUACUAAUGAUAGUGGAAACUGCUUUCUAAACGAACCUCCGAGAGAGACACGAUGCAAUCGAGCUCAUUUUAAUACAGCCAUCGGUCCAGUUUUCUUUGCGAUCAUAUUUUAUAGGUACCACAAUUUCAUAGCUAAUGAAUUACACGCACUAAAUCCGUGCUGGGAUGAUGAUCGAUUAUACUACACGGCUCGAGACAUCAACAUAGCUAUAUCGAUGCAGAUAUUGUACUAUGAAGUAAUGCCUAUUCUUAUGGGUAGAGAGAACAUGAUCAGAGAUGGAAUAAUACUUGAUCAUGACGGGUUCAGAGACUGGUACGAUGAAGAUGUUCUGCCGCAGAUGUCGGACGAGUUUCCUUACUCUCUGAGGUGGCUUCAUACUAUACAAGAGGCUGACGUCAAGUUGUAUGACGGCGAUGGAUAUUAUUUGAACACUGUACCGAUGAUUAAUGUGUCUCUGCGAACUGGGUGGCUACCGCUCGAUUACAACAUGGAAAAGUUUACUCAAGGCAGCUUCAGGCAGUUCAGCGGCGCAUAUGACCAUAUCAUUGAUUUCGAUAUGUCCGAAAGAGUUUUAGGCGGGAUCAGUGUAUCGUCGGAUGUAUCGACGAGCGACUUGUCUAAGGGUCGGUACUUCGGGCUGCAGCCUUACGUCAACUACAGACAACAUUGUACCGGUCGCUCAUAUACCACGUUCUGGCACCUGAAAGAUGCUAUAAGCACGGAGCGCAUCCACCGUCUCAUGCAAAUGUAUCACGAUGUGAGGGACGUGGAACUGAUGAGUGGGUUAUGGUCGGAGAAGCCUGUCCCGGGGGGGAUGGUCCCUCACACCAUGUACUGUCUGUGUGCCGAACAAAUGUUACGGUCCGUCAUCUCAGAUAGACAUUGGUACGAACGAGCAGAUCGACCGCAUGCUUUUACAUUGGAACAAUUAAAAUCAGUACGUAAGGUUACGGUAGCUGGCGUUUUGUGUGACGUGGGCGAUUCCGUGACGCAGAUACAACCUUCUGCCUUCGAAAGCAUAUCUAAAGCAAAUCGAAUAACAAGUUGCAGUUCAUCAAAGAUUGGAACACUGGAUGUGUCUGCUUGGAAAGAUUCGGAAUGCAGUUGACGAUAACACGAUACUUUCAUUAAUUAUUACUUUUCUCCACUAUUUCUUGAAAAUUAUUGUUAUGUGUUAGGUUAUGUAAAAAUCAUUCUACAGAGUAGAUUUGAUACAGUUUGACUUAUUACAGCAUUUGUUAAUUCUUUUCUUGCAACUGAUCUAUUCUAGUUUUUGAAAACCCUUUAUAAAGCUAUCUUUUCUACGGUUGUAAUGAGUGUUUUUUGUUUUUUAUUUGACGAUAAUAAAACAAGUUUUUACUGUACUUUCUAAUUUU